AUGCGAGCCCACGGCGUGAACCGGCUCGUGAUCCUCUCCGCCUCGGGAGCUGGAUCGUCGUUUGCGGAGUCUGCGUGGCCGUUGAGGAUGAUGUUUAGGCAUACGAAUCUGGCGUAUGCGUAUGAGGAUCACGAUGCUGUGGAUCAGGAGGUGAAGGAGUUGGAGGGGGUGGAGUGGACGAUGCUCAGGCCGUGUAUGUUGAAAGAGGGGGAGACGAAGCCGGUGAGGGAGUUUGGGGAGGAGGGGAAGGGGUUGGGGAUGUUUGCGGGGAUUACGAGGGCGAGUGUGGCGGAGGAUUUGGUUGAGGCUGCGGCGGAGGGGAGGUGGAUGGGUGAGGCGGUUGUGGUUGCGAAUUGA